CCCACUUUUGUUUUGUCCUGUUUCUUCAGAUUUUCUAAUAAAAACACACCCAAACCCGAAGAAGAACUGGUCUUUUAAAUCACACCUCUGAUCCUUUUCUUACAGGAACCUCAAAAUAAAACAAGUUGUUUUAUUUAUUUGUUUAUUUUUUGUUUAAUAAUUUUGGCAAUGAAACGUGGAUACCCAGAAUCUCCAUCUUCCUCCUUUGGUCCACCUCAAUCCAGAUUAAAACAUAACCCUGAAGGUGAUUCACAAUUUUUGGAGGAUGAGAGCACCAAGAUUUUUGCUAGGAAAGUAGCUGAUCAUUAUAGUGCAAGAACAAAUCAAACUUUGGAAGAACGAGAAGCAAGUCCUAUAAUUCACUUAAAGAAGUUAAAUAACUGGAUUAAAAGUGUCUUGAUUCAGCUUUAUGCUCGUCAGGGUCAUGCUGUUCUUGAUCUUGCCUGUGGCAAGGGUGGUGACCUCAUCAAAUGGGAUAAAGCAAAAGUUGGAUAUUAUGUUGGCAUUGAUAUAGCUGAAGGCUCGAUAGAAGAUUGCCGUACGCGAUAUAAUGGUGAUGCAGACCAUCAUCAACGACGCAAAAAGUUUACAUUUCCUGCUCGUCUCAUAUGUGGGGAUUGUUUUGAGGUGCGCCUGGAUAAGGUUUUGGCAGAUGAUGCUCCUUUUGAUAUCUGCAGUUGCCAGUUUGCCAUGCAUUAUUCCUGGUCUACAGAGGCACGAGCACGUCGGGCACUGGCCAAUGUAUCAGCUUUACUUCGUCCUGGAGGCAUCUUCAUUGGGACGAUGCCAGAUGCCAAUGUGAUAGUCAAAAAACUUAGAGAAGCUGAAGGAUUGGCUUUUGGCAACAGUGUCUACUGGAUACAUUUUGAUGAAGAAUUUGCUGACAAGAAAUUUAAAUCUUCUAGGCCCUAUGGUAUCAAUUACAAGUUUCACUUAGAGGAUGCUGUUGACUGCCCUGAAUGGAUUGUUCCCUUCCAUGUCUUCAAGUCAUUAGCAGAAGAGUAUGAUCUAGAUCUAGUUUUCGUCAAAAACUCGCAUGAAUUUGUGCAUGAGUACAUGAAAAAGCCAGAAUAUAUAGAGCUUAUGCGGAGGCUUGGUGCAUUAGGUGAUGGAAACCAAGACCAGAGCACAUUAUCUCCGGAUGAAUGGGAGGCGGCUUAUUUAUACCUUGCAUUUGUUUUAAAGAAGCGUGGCCAACCAGAUCGGACGCAAGCAAAUAGUAGAAGAGAUAAAGGACAGAUGCAAAUAGCAAAGGAGGAUAUCCUGUAUAUUAACAGUGAUAAUUAACAGGACAACCCCAUAUACCCCAAAGAUUUAUUUAUAGUUCAAACGGGACAAUAACAGAGGGAUGGGUACUGCCUAGAGCAACACGUUGGUGAAGUUGGUCUUGCUCUUUCACAAGCCCUAUUAAAAAUUUUUCAUGGCUCUUAAGUUUUGUAGGUUUUCAAAUUCUUGUUGUAACAUUGCAUUCUCACGAAGCUUCUGAGAAAUUGCCACUCAACUCGUAAUUCUGGGACAGAAAAAUUGUAGUAAAGAUAAAACGAGAAUGACUGAGAAUCUCACUGAAUGAUGGUUAACAACGGUAAUGAAGCCGAGUAGCCUCUUUUCAGAACUUGUACUAAAAGUAAGUUACAUGAAAGUGAUAAUAACACUGGGAAACUUCGUUGUCAUGUUGGUAGAA